AACGCUUGACUAAAAAAAGUUGAAAUUGUAUAUGAUGAAUAUUCCUCUCAAAUCAAACAACUUUUACUACCAGAAAACUAAUUGUUUUGAAUCUAAUUUAUAUCUUUUUUUGAAAAUUGUAAAGUUUUUUUUUUUUUUUUUUUUUGGGUUAUCGUUUCGGCGUUUCUGGGGUUUUAUUCGACGUUUCUUCUCCGUAUAAAUUAACUGAACUAAUUUGUUUUCUGGGAAAUGUUCUCUCUCUCUCUCUCCCUCUCCAUUUAAUUCGCUCUCAUGAUUUCUUCUUAAGAACAAACAUCUGUUUCGUAAAUUUCAGCAAUGUACUGUGGAACUGUAAAAAGGGUAUCACUACAAGGUAUUAAACUGUGUGUGCAGGUUAUGGUUUCUUUGGAAAUGGAGGAUAACGAUCCUAAUAAAGAAUGUAUAUAUGCUGAUAGCUUAAGUGAAUUCAUUACUUGGAUUAAUUCUGAUAAGACACCGCUUCACGAUGUGAUGGGCUUCAGAAAAGAGGUCAAUGGUACCACCGUGGACAUUGCAUUUCAAUGGUGCGUAGAUGGGUAUUCAGCCAUAAUGUUGGGAUAUGCCAAUAGCAUCCGCACCAUUGAUGGUGGGACACAUAUAGAUGGUGUGAAAGCGUCAAUAACUAGAACUUUUAACAGCCUUUUGAACAAGUCGAAGCUUGUUGAGGACAAGGACAUUAUCUUGAGCGAGGAUCAUGCUAUUGAAGGACUAACUUGCAUUGUCUCAGUCAUUGUUCCAAGACCUGAGUUUGAAGGUCAAACACAGACGAGAUUAGGAAAUCCAUAUGUCAGAGAAAUUGUUGACCAAUCAGUCCAGGAGUACUUAACGGAGUAUUUUGAAUUGCAUCCAGAUGUAUUUGAGAGCAUUAUCUCCAAAUCCUUUAACGCUUACAAGACUGAUUUGGCUGUCACAAGGGCAAAAGAUUUGUAUAGAUCAGAAAGUGUUUCAACAGUGUGCACCAUUCAGUCCGUUCCUGAGAAACUGACCAACUGUUCUUCUGAAACAUCAGAGAUUAUUGUAGGCAGAGGAGAUUCUUCUGGUGGUGCUGCAGAUCACGGCUCUGACAGGUGUUUCAAGAACAAAAGGACUCGGGAACAGCGUUGGAGUGAUGAUGCAGUCUCUACAGCUCCUGGAGAUUCUUCAGAGGAUAGUAGCUUUUCAAAUUUUGAGAAGACAAGCAAAAAACCGAAGUCUUCUGUCCAUUCCUCACAUCUCCCUGUUUCUUCACGACAAUCUGCUGAUGAUUCAAACCCACCAAACCCUAAAGAUGUUAGCAAAAAGACUUCCAAAGAUGUAACCCAAGGGUCCAACAAAAUAAGACCAGUUAUCCCUGUCCAAUCCUCACAUGUCCGUGUUUCCUCACGACAAUCUGCUGGUGAUUCAAACCCACCGAACCCUAAAGAUGUUAGCAAAAAGACUCCCAAAGAUGUAACCCACGGGUCCAACAAAGUAAGACCAGUUAUCCCUGUCCAAUCCUCACAUCGCCGUGUUUCUUCACGACCAUCUGCUGAUGAUUCAAACCCACCAAACCCUAAAGAUGUUAGCAAAAAGACACCCACCCACGGGUCCAACAAAACAAGACCAGUUAUCCCAAUUGGUCCGGGGUUUCAAUCCUCACAACAAUCUGCUGGUGAUUCAAACCCACCAAACCCUAAAGGUGUUAGCAAAAAGACUCCCAAAGAUGUAACUCAAGGGUCCAAAACAAGACCAGUUAUCCCUAUUGGUCCGAGGUUUCAAGCUGAAAUUCCGGUUUGGGUUGCCCCUACCAAGAAGGGCAAAUUUUAUGGUAGUCCCGGUGAUUCCGAUACUCUAAGAUGGCUUGGAACUGGCGUUUGGCCCACAUACAGCCUAAAGAAGACAGUUCACUACAAAAAAGUCGGAGAAGGAAGACCCGACUCAUGUUCUUGUACUAAUCCGAUGACGAUCAGUUGCAUAAAACGACACACUAAAGAAGCACGAGAGCUUUUGAAAAAGGAGAUUAACCGUGCUUUUGAUACGUGGAAAUUUGAUGAAAUGGGUGAAGAAGCUGGCUCGUGGACGGCCAAAGAAGAGCAAAGGUUCGAUGCUCUUUUGAAAAAGAAUCCUUUGUCAAGUAGCGAUGGGUUUUGGGAGUUUGCUUACAAUGCAUUCCCAAAAAAGAGUGAGAAGGAUCUCAUCAAUUACUACUACAAUGUUUUCCUCAUCAAACGCAUGAGGUUGCAUGCUAAUUCUUCUGCUGCUCAUCAUAUCGAUAGCGAUGAUGACCAAUAUGACGAUUUCUUAGCGGGAUGAAGGGCCUUGUUGGAUAAUAUUAACAAUUGCGGAGUUUUUCGUCAUUACAGGUAAAUCACUUUACCGUGUUCUUGAUUCUCAAGAACUUGUUUCUCCUUGAAAUUUCUGUGUCAUAGGAUCUUUUAGAAGAGAUCCUUAUAAGGCCAGUUGUGAUUUUGUCAUACUAAAUACCUUAGCUUAUUAUGUCUCUUCUUUGUGAAAUUUUAGAGAUUUGUUUUACUUACGAAUCAGGACAUUAGUAUUUCGAAUUCAGAACUUUAUAUCCCUAGUUCUUGUGAGGGUUUAGGACUUAAAAGGCCCAAGAAGAAUUAUGAAUUUAUUGUAGUAUUCUUUAUUUAA